GGAACGGAACGCACGAAAGAGUAGACCGUGAUAAGCUUUACAGGAAGAUGUAGUACAGGUUGUUGGUUUGUAGUUUACAGAGUUUACAGCUUUUAAUGGACUGAUAAGCUCAUCGGCUGUCGUGGUGAACCUCGGCUGGGUUAUGUCGAAGGAGUGGAUUGAAAUGGGUGGGGUUAUGGCCAUGGGUGGGACCGGUAACCGGUUGGGGGGUUGUUGGUUGAAUGAUUCAAUUGAAGCUCAACAUCCACCCAGCGCGAGUGGCUUAAACAUCCCAAUCUGAAGACUCCAGACUCAGCCAUUUUCAGCCCGUGACCACAUCCCAUCAUCGAACACUCCCAGCAGAAACUCUCCUGCCAGUGCCACCCAUCUUUCAUCCAUCCUCAUCCCAGAGUCAUCCCAGACAAUCCUCCUCCGAUUUCACGCUACCCUUACUCAGCCAAAUCAAUCAACCCUUGAUUAUUUUCAGAUGGCUUCCUUCCUAAGGCGAACUGCCCUCGAUUGCUGUCGUUUGCCUCGAUUGGCUGGCAGGGCUAACCAGGCUCGUCUGCUAUCAACCAAGUCUAUUCACGAUGAACUGGCAGACAUGAUCCCAGAGCGGCUAGAGAUGGCCAAGAACUUGAAGACCAACUAUGGCGAUAAGAAACUCGGCGAUGUUCAAGUCUCGCACGUCUUUGGUGGGAUGAGAGGACUCAAGGCCAUGCUCUGGGAUCCUUCCGUCCUCGACUCCGAGGAGGGCAUCCGAUUCUGGGGAAGAACGAUUGCCGAGUGUCAACAGGUACUUCCGAGUGCCAAGGAUGGCUCUGAGAUGCUACCCGAAAGCAUGUUCUGGUAUCUAUUGACCGGCAAAGUCCCCAGCGAGAAGCAGAUCGAAGCUUUCCAAGCCGAUCUUGCCGAACGAUCUACCAAGGUACCCAAGUUCGUCGAGCAGCUGAUCGAUUCAUUCCCCAAGACACUUCACCCCAUGACCCAAUUUGUCAUGGCUACGGCCGCAUUGAACCACAACUCUAAAUUUGCUGCCGCCUACUCCUCUGGAGUCAAGAAGGCCGAUUACUGGAAAAGUACAUUGGAGGACUCGCUCGACCUUGCUGCAAUGGUUUACCCUAUCGCAGCUCGAAUCUACGUCACCAAAUACAAGGGCGGUGCCAAGAACUUGCCAGCCAUCAACAAGAACAAGGAUCUCUCGUGGAACUUUGCCCAACAGACUGGCUUUGGUGAUUCGCAAGGGUUCAUCGAGCUUGUCCGACUAUACAACGCUCUCCACACCGAUCACGAGGGUGGUAAUGUCUCUGCCCACACAACUCAUUUGGUGGGCUCAGCCCUCUCCGACCCUUUCUUGUCUUACUCGGCUGCUUUGGCUGGUCUCGCUGGUCCGCUCCACGGACUUGCCAACCAGGAAGCCCUGCGAUUCGUGCUUGAAAUGAAAGAGGCCGUUGGAGACAAACCCAGCGCUGAAAAAGUAAAGGAAUACAUCUGGAGCGUACUGAAAUCUGGCCGAGUUGUACCAGGUUACGGUCAUGCUGUUUUGAGGAAACCCGACCCUCGUUUCGCUGCUCUCCGAGAGUUUGGUAACAGACGCCCCGAAGUGGCCGCCGACCCAGUCUUCCAACUAGUCGACAGUCUCUACCAACAAGCUCCUGGUGUCUUGACAGAGCAUGGCAAGACGAAGAACCCAUUCCCUAACGUUGAUGCCGCCUCAGGUUGUGUACUCUACCAUUACGGCAUGACCGAGUUUGAGUACUACACCGUUCUCUUUGGUUGCUCGCGUGCCAUGGGUGGUUUGAGUCAAUUGGUCUGGGACCGUGUUCACAACUUGCCGAUUGAGAGACCCAAAUCUCUCAGCAUGGAGGCCAUUGCCAAAAUCGUCGGAGCUUGAUUAGCUUAAUAGUAGGUUAUACAAACAAAUAUAGAGUCAACUUGAACUAGCAGUAAUUUCGUCUUAUAUGCUCCUUCAUGCAAUGAUAUUUCAAUCUUCUUCCAUCU